UUGCAGAAUUUGCAGUAUAUUUUAAAUCGGCUGAAGCAAAAAUUAAAAGAAAAGGAUAAAAAUUACCAAAAAUAUAAAAGAUUUCACGACAACAUACUCGCGAUAAUACAAUAUAAGAUAAUCAAUGACUCCAUAACAAAAGAAGAUAAAGUUGAAAAGGGAAUACAGUAUCAGUUGAUAGGAGAAAAUAAUAUCAUAAUCAACGAUGAACAGCUUAUAUUGGAAGAUUUGUCGCACACAAGUAACGUGUCGAGGCCCAAGGAGGGUGUAAAGGAUGAAGAAGGCAAGGCUAAGGAAGUAGUAAUAAAGGAACAAAGAGUAGUAAAGCUGCACGACCAAAUAUAUGUACCUCUGGAGUACUACAAUAAGCUGUACGUGCAUCAGAAAAAGGCACUAACCUGGCUGACGAAGCUGCACGUGAGUAACCUGGGUGGAAUACUGGCAGACGACAUGGGCCUGGGAAAGACGAUUACAAUCCUGUCGCUGAUAAACACACUGAUCUACUCAAGUAACUUAAUAGUUGAAAGAGGAAGAACAAAAGCCGAAGACUUGGAUAGCGUGUAUAGAAUAAUGAUAGUGUGCAACGUGACGCUGCUAGAGCAGUGGAGAGAAGAGAUAAAUAAGUGGAUAUUCAGCAAUAUAAAGCUGUACAUACUGCACAGCAACUACGACGUCAACAGAGACUACUACGGAAUAAAUGAAGAGUCAGGAGACGAAGUGUACCUGGUGGGAUACGAGUACCUGAGAGUAAACAUCGAGUACAUCAACAACUACGAGUGGAAGUACCUGAUACUGGACGAGGGGCAGAAGAUAAGGAACCCGAACUCGCUGAUAACACUGGCAGUGAAGACGGUUAAAACGCCACACAGAAUAGUCAUCUCAGGCUCGCCAAUACAAAAUAACCUGAUUGAGCUGUGGUCGCUCGUCGACUUCAUACUGCCGAACUACCUGGGAUCGCUAAACUCGUUCAUAGAGGAGUUCGUGGCGCCAAUAUCAAGCAACAGUCUGAACAAUAAGCACAUAAACAGGCUGAAGCUGCUUAUUCUGCCGUACAUAUUCAGAACGCUUAAGUCGAACAUGGGAGCGAAAAAUGACCUGUUUAGCAAGUUGACAGACCCAAGUACGGAGGUAGAAGGUGACGACGAGGCAGCAAAUGAUGGUGAUGGGUUGAAUAAGAAGAGUAGUAGGGCUGAUGAGGGUGGUAAGAGUGAUAGGUUGGAUUAUGGUAAGCGUGGUAAGGGUAAUGGUAAGGGUGAGAAAGGUGGUAGGGAUGAGAGUAAGUGUGGCGGGUAUUGCGAAAGUGAAGUUGCGGAAGAGAGAGGGCGUAUUAAUCAGAGCAUAGGAGAAGUAGAUUUGCCAAAUAAAGUUGAAAGAAUAAUACUGUGUAACCUGACAUUUGAACAGUAUAAACUGUACGUAGAAGUGCUAAAUAAGUUCAAGUAUAGCAGCAAAGGAAUGACAAGCCAGAGCGUUAAGAUGACGAAAGACAUGAGAAAGUUGAUAGGAAAGGAACUGACGAGAGAUAAGCACAUACUGAAGGUGAUCAGCACGCUGAGAAAAAUAUGUAACCACCCGAAGCUGAUGUUUAAGCAGACACAAGCGUUGUCGGACACGAGUAGAAGCAGUAGCGAAUCAGAGGCACGGAAGAAAACGUCGAAGAGAGCAGGCGCAGGAAAAUGGAGCAGCAGUAAGCUGAACGUAUGUCUGAAAAUAAUAGAUAUCUGGCACAAGGAAGGAAGCAAGGUGCUGGUCUUUACGCAGACGAUAGGGAUGCUGUCGAUCAUAUACAACGAACUGCUGAAAACAUAUGAAAGAGAACAAAUAGCAAUACUGCACGGGAAGAUAACCAUCAAUAACAGAAACAAGGUGAUAGAAGCAUUCAGAAACGAAGAAAACAUAUUCGUAAUGCUCCUGACGACAAAAGUGGGAGGAAUAGGACUUAAUUUGACAGUGGCAACAAGAAUCGUAAUCUACGACCCAGAUUGGAACCCGAUGACGGACCUGCAAGCAAGAGAGCGGAGCUACAGAAUAGGACAGACGAAGCAAGUGACGAUCUACAGGCUGGUAACUGCGAACACAAUCGAGGAGAAGAUAUACCAGAGGCAGCUGUACAAGUGCUACCUCACUAAUAAGAUACUCAACCACAACAACGUGCUCUUCUACAACAAGUACAUCAACAACCUGCAGUACAUACUCUCGUACCCGCCGCCGCCAGCAGGGAUAGCGAUGACUAGAGACGAAGAAGUCGGCGAGGAGGCGUACCAGAAGGCCGCAGGCGGCGACGCAAAGCACGCCUCCGAAGACGAAGACCGCUUCUAUAAGUUGCUGGUUAACGACGACAGGAACAACAACAUAAACAGCUACAUCAAGUACAACGACAUCAUCAGCAAUAUGCAGCAAGCGGCAGAGAACAACAGCUACGCGUCGCUGUCAGUGGCGAAAGGGGCGCCCUCGACGAGGAGCGAGUGGGCGCUGAGCAGGAACGUGGACAAGAACAGGCAGCUGCUGUACAACCUGAAGGGCAAAAACAACAAGAGCAUCAGGUACAUCAUCACGAACCAGAUCCUCCACUACUUUAACACAAACUCGAGGGAAAUAAUCACGACGAACAGAGUAAGUUGCCGCAAUUGA